AUGGCUCCAUACAUGAAUCACUUCAAGUUCUUGCAAACCAUCUCCUUCCUAUAUGUGUUGGUGACAGUGAAGAAUGUGACUGGAUCAUCAUUAAGCCAUGAUGAAGAAUGCUCAGCCUUGUUUCAGUUUAAGCAGAGCAUAAUUCAUCAAGAUGAUGUUGCUUGUAGUGCUCAUGGAUCUCAAGUGUUUCAUUCUUGGAACAAUAGUUUUGAUUGUUGUUCAUGGGAGGGGGUGGCAUGCAGCCAUGACCAUGAUCAGUACUAUGGUCAUCAUGUGAUGGGUCUUGACUUGAGCGAGAGGUCUCUUUGUGGGCAUAUCAACUCCAACAGCACCCUCUUCAACCUUGUUCAUCUUCAGACACUCAAUCUUUCCAUGAAUGACUUUGGUGAAUCUGAAAUCCCUUCUGAGAUUGGUCGUCUAAAGCAAUUAAGAAGCCUCGAUCUCUCUUAUUCUGGGUUUAGUGGUCAAAUCCCAAAUGGAAUCUCGCAGUUGAUCCGAUUGUCUUCUUUAGAUCUGUCAAGGAAUUCACUAAGGCUUCACAGUCCUAGCCUGAAGAACCUAGCACAAAACUUAACAGGACUAGAAAUACUCCAUCUCUCAGGGGUUGACAUUAGUUCUUCUGUACCCCAUUUCUUGGCAAACUUUUCUGCAUUAAGAUCAAUCAAGCUGAGAGAUUGUUCGCUUGGGAAUGAAUUCCCUGCAGCCAUACUUGAGCUGCCAAAGUUGCAAGUUGUUAAUUUGGCAAACAAUGUCGAACUCACUGGUUCCUUUCCAGACUUCUGUAACAACAGCUUACUAACAGAGGUGAUACUCGGGGGCACAGGUUUCUUUGGGGUUGUACCAGAAUCCCUAGGCCACCUCAAGCAUCUGACCGACUUGUCCCUUUCCCAAUGCUCUUUCUCCGGGGGCAUUCCACGUUCACUCUCUAACUUGACACAACUCACUUUCUUGGCUCUUGAUGGCAAUCAGUUCACAGGUUCUGUUCCUUCGCUGGUAAGUCUUUUGAAACUCGAUUUUUUGGUACUUAAUGGUAACAAAUUCGAGAAAGGACGCUUUCCCAGUUGGCUUGGAAAGCUGACUAAACUUAGUGAACUCUAUCUAAAUGAUAUGAACAUAUACGGUGAAAUCCCACUCUUUUUUGCCAAUCUAACCAGACUUAGUGAGGUAGAAAUGAACAACAAUUCUCUUACUGGUUGUAUACCAUCCUGGCUGUUCAACCUCACCCAACUAAAAGGAUUGGAUCUUCAGAUGAAUCAAUUGCAAGGACCAAUUCCAAACACAUUUUCAAUCUUAAAAAAUCUUGAGUAUCUUAACCUAGGUAGAAACAAUUUCAAUGGUAGAGUAGAACUCGCCAUGUUCCUAGGACUCGAUAAACUCAAAGUACUUGAGUUAAGUGAUAACAGGAUAACAGUAGUAGUCACCAACAACUACACCAAUACCAGUUUACCAACUUUGGAUACGUUAUCACUGUCAUUAUGCAAUUUGAAAGAAUUUCCUGCCUUUUUGCGCUUCCAAAAUAAAUUGCGUACCUUAAUUCUUGACCACAACAACAUUGAUGGCCUGGUACCGGUGUGGAUCUGGAACAACAGCCGGGAAACAUUAGAGUUGAUUGACCUUUCAUUCAACUCCAUCACUGGCUUUGAUCAACAUCCUCAUUUUCUCCCAUGGACAAAUUUACAAGUAUUUUUUAUCCAUAAAAACCAGGUAAGCGGACAGCUACCAUUUCCACCACAAACCACAAUUAUUUAUUCUAUUGCAAAGAAUAAUGUGAUAGGAGAAAUACCAGCAUCGAUAUGUGAAUUGAAAUCUCUUCAAAUGUUAGAUUUGUCUUUUAACAACAUGAGCGGAACACUUCCUUCAUGUUUGGGUAUCUUAAGCAAUUCGUUGAUUGCUUUGUAUCUGUCACGAAAUAACUUCCACGGAAAAAUGAUGAAUGCUUUUAUGUCUGGAAGCCUGUUGAACGACCUUGAUUUGAGCGGAAAUAGAUUUACGGGUCAACUACCAAGAUCUUUGAUAAAUUGUACCAAUUUAGAGAUUCUCUCUCUUGAAGAUAACUCUUUUCAUGACGCCUUUCCUUCUUGGUUGGGAAGUCUUGCGGAGCUACAAGUUCUGGUCUUGCGGUCCAACAAAUUUUAUGGUCCAAUUCAAAGUUCCUCACAGUUUCCUAAGUUGCGGAUCAUAGACCUCUCCAACAACAAUUUCAGUGGUCCGUUGCACCAAAACUACUUCCAAACAUGGCAUGCCAUGAGCUCCAACGAUCUUGGUGUAUCAUCUGCUAUGGAAUCAGAGAUAUCCUCCAAAACCGUCUUUACAAAUGUGAAAUACACGGUGACCUUAAUACACAAAGGUGUCAAAACAGAGUACGAUCGUAUUUUAACCAUAGAUAUGUCCAUUGAUCUCUCUUGUAACAACUUUGAAGGAGAAAUCCCACGAUCACUACAAGAUCUUCGAGGACUUCAAGCCCUCAAUCUUUCCAACAAUCAUUUUACUGGACGUGUCUUGCCGUCUUUAGGGAACCUAACAAAUCUUGAAGCUUUGGAUCUCUCUCGAAACGACCUAUCUGGGGAAAUUCCUCAACAGUUGGUGCAACUCGGCUUCCUUUCCAUCUUCAACGUGUCAUUCAACCAUCUUGAGGGGCGCAUACCACAAGGAAAACAAUUUGAUACGUUCGAUGACUUCUCUUACAUAGGGAAUCCUGGCUUGUAUAGGAAACCUUUAUCCAAGGAAGGUCAAGAUUCAAAGGUGCCGAGAGUUCCACCAACAAGCAAUGUGUCUGAGUCUCUCUUCCCGAGUGAAAGAACUGAUUGGAUCUUUGUAUUGUGUGGAGUUGGAAGCGGGCUGAUUGUUGGGGUUGUUAUUGGAAACUUUCUAUAUGAAAGAGAAACUAAGGAGGCGUCAUAGCUUAAAGUUCGAAGGGUAUGCAGAAGUUGUUGAAGACCUUUAAGGGAUUUCAGUUUGUUUUACCAUGUAGUAUGUGUAUAUUAAUAUUACGUUUAAGUUUGUGCUUGUCUGAAUUAGAUUUCUUGGAGUAGACUUUCACUAUAAGAUUUUGAUGUAUCAUACAGUUCCAAUGUUUAAGUUUAUCGUUUAUGCAUGAUGGCAUGAUCAUAGACUUUUAUGUAAGCUAUUGACAAGUAUUUACAACCUCAACCUCAACCUCAAAUUUGAGGUUGUGAUUUUAUGAAAUUCAUG